GCGUCAGAUGUCACGGGGUAAUAAUGCUGCCUUCAUGAUUAUCGGUAAAUUGUAUUCCACCCUUUGAUAUUUCUUGAUAGCCAAGUGAACACAUUUUUUUGUUGCCUCUAAAAAGUCAUACAUUUACUCGGGAAAUCCAUGCUUUUGUCUCACCCCUAUUUUUGAUUUACGUUUUUAUAUAUUACAUGAGGUGUCCGUUGUGCAUGCAUCUCUUUAAAAUUGUCCUUGGGUGACAUACAAUUAUGAAUAAUAUUGUUUUCAAAUUUCACUGGGUUAAAUAUAUACAUCAGUCGAGAGCCUACUACAAAUAUUCAUUCAUUUUCAAAAGGUUAACCCUCUAAUCUGUUUACAUAAUGCCACUGCUAUUUUUAUGAACCCCUGUCACUUGUGAGGUAUACGUGUUAUGUGAUAUUUGCUGAUUGAUUACAUUUAGAUAGUCAACACAAAUGUCUCAAACGUUCAACAUCCGACAUUACCAGAUUACCGAAGAGCAUUUGAAAGCAGCCUGUUUGAGUGCUAGCCCUAGAUAGUGCCCGUGGCCUGAGCCUGGACCAUUUCCACUGCGAAGCUAGUGCUACACAGUUAGUUGUCACCGUUUCGUUUUUCCACGGGAGCGUAUCUGCGGACUUUAUGCGGGCCACCUCGGUGCUUGAAGGAAGGCUCUCUCACAAUGUCCACUAAUAGCCGUCAGUAUUGGUCUGCGAGUGAAACAAAAGCCUUGUUAAACAUAUGGGCUGACAAGAACGUGCAGCAACAAAUGGAGGGCGCUUGUCGGAACGAAGAAGUCAUUCAGUUCAUGGUAGAAGAGUUGGCCAAGUUAGGUAUCCAACGCACAACCACCCAAGUAAGGGAGAAACUAAAAAAAAUGAGACAUUUGUACAAGACUGUCAAGGUUGAUGGACGAAAGAAUUUUCCAUUUUUUGACUUAAUGGACCGUGUACUCGGAAGACGAGGAGGGGCAGAAGGUCAGCUGGGGACCAGUGAAACUCCCAAAUGCAUUGAUGCACCUUUGGCUCAGCCAGGAGACAAAUCCUACACUACAGAGAGCAGCGGGCCCUCUGCCUUCAGAAGGGGUAAUCAUAGGGUCAGAUCUGAGGCUCAUAAACGCAGAGCUGACAGUGACACUACAAAAGAGUUUCUCAGUGCUAUGACAGAGUGCCACAGGCAGUGGCUGGAGAAGGAGCAGGAGCAGAGGAGGGAGGAUUGGGAGAGGGAAGCUCAGCUGAGGCGCGAGGAGAUGCAACAGGAGCUUGCUUUACGCCGUGAGGAAGCAGAAAGAGAGGAGAGAUUGAGGCGUGAGGAGAUGGAGGCUCGAAGCAAAGACAGUGAGCUGCUGGCCUCUUGCUUCAUGCAAAUUGCAAAGCUUAUUUCAAAGGACCCUGCUGCUUUGUAAGGACAUACGCCUUAGGCUAUUUUAUAAAUGGUUCAUUUCCGCAAGCCAUGGAUGUAUUUUUAUUUACUACAGCACAGUAGCAGUGGAUCGAUGGUAUUUGAUCAGUUAUUCUUUAUUCUAAAUACUACUGCAUAGCUUUACUUGACACAUGUCAUGACAUUGAUAAAGAGAUGAUUCUUUUUUACUUUAAAAGAAAGAAAAGCAUAUUAUUUAAAAGUAUUUAAUCUCUGUUAUAGUAUUUAUGUAACUGUUGUGAUUAAUAGCUUGUAUUCUAGUUCAUUUUAUGAAUGAGUAAUUCAAUGCACAACCACUGAAAUUGUGGUAAAAGUGGACAGGGUGUCAUGACCUUGGUUUUCGUGUUUCGUGUUUUAUUUUUUAAAUCUUCACUUCCCCUUGUGUCAUGUCGUCUUUUACUUCCUGUCCUUGUGUUUCUUUCUCCUCCCCUUGUGUCUUUGCCUUUUCCCCCCAGCUGUGUCUCAUUCCGUGAUUAGUGUCUGUGUGUAUAUAUAUCCUUGUCUGUCCCAUUAUUCCUGCUCUGUUCACCACCCUUGUUGCCUCGUGCUUCCCUCAUGUCUUCCCUGGUUUUUGUUUUCAGUUUGACUUGUCACCUUGUUUUAUAUUUUUAAGCUUUGGUAAAUAAAGCUCUCUUUUUGUUAAACCUCAUCUGGCUAUCUGCAUUUGGGUCCUCCCCUUACGCCCCCAUGACACAGGGUGGAAGUCAAAUAACUCAAAAUAUUGUUUUUUUGAUGUGUGAAUAAAAUAUACAAUCGGUAAAAUGCACAUUAUUCUGUAUAAGAUGCUGUGUUUAUUUUGUAUGCAUCUCUAUAACUUGGAAAGGCAACACAGCAGCCAUAAGUAAACUUAGUAAAUAUUUGUAUUUGUUUUAUAAGCUACAACAAUAGUAUCUCUCAUUCCCAUGUAUUUACCUGAACGACAAAGUGGCAUCAGCUGUAGUUCCUUGUGAAUAUGCAACACAAUCUAUUUUAAAAGAAAAUGGUAUUUUAUUGACUGAAAUAAAUAAGAUAUAUGUAUAUAUAUACUAACAAUUCAGAAAUAAACAUUUGAAAUUAUAGUCACUGGUGGUGAUGUAUCGGUGGGUAAUAAAAAGUAUUAUUGUCCAUCAAUCAUCCUGUAUCAACUGCUGCAAAGCAAGCACCGAGUCUGUCUCACAUUUCCUUUGAGGCUUUCCAUUAACAGUCUGAAGUGGCUCAUGACCGAUCCAGUCUGGAAGGAACGUAUCCUUGUUUUUCUCACAGAGAUUAUGAAGCACACAGCAUGUCUCUACCAUGUCCUUGACAAUAUCCACAUUGCAGUCAUUUCGUUUGUUCAGGCACCUCCACCUACCCUUCAGUCUCUCAAAGGCACACUGGGAUACACUGCGCGCCUGACUAAUCUGAGUAUUAAACAGCUCUUGCUCUGCAGUCAGCCAGCUUGUGUUGGUGUAUGGUUUGAGAAGCCAGUGUUGAGAAGGAUACCCAGAAUCACCAAUAAUAAAGCAUCUGCUGUCAGUUCCACAGACAUUGAGCAUCCUGAUGGAGAAAUCCUCACAUUCCAACAACUCUCCACUGGAAUCAUUCAUCCAUGUGGGGCAGUUCAUGGUCAGAUCCCAGAACAUGCCUUUGUCAUCCACAACUGCAUGUAAUAAGAUAGCAAGAUAACUUUCUCUAUUAGGUUGCUCAGACUGGUAAUGUGGUGGUUUGAUGACUGCGAUGUGCAUACUGUCCAGUACACUAAUACACUGAGGAAUCCCAUA